AGUUUUUCUUAGGUCUUUGAAACCCAGCAUUGUGCAUCACUCCUCUCUAACUGAUUCAACAUGGGAUGCAGAACAGCGCUCCUGAUCGCAGCAUUGCUGCAGUUUCUCUGCGGAGGAGCUCUCGGUGGUUGCAAACGGGCCUUCAACACCAUGUCAGGUACCUAUCCCGACGACUGUAGCACCGUCAGUGGACCAGCGUGUUUCGUUUAUAGUGGCGGCAUCCCGAGUCAGCUAGAGUUCCCAGACAUCAACACGAGGACCUGCUAUCGAACCUGUCACGACAGCGCGAAUAUGUACAACCCGUCCCAUUGCGAAGCGAGUCUAACUGGCGUCCAUAACCAGAACAUGCAGUCAGAGGAGGUGCCGAUCUCUACCACUGAAAACAUCACCACUCGCACCAUCUUCUCUCCUAACUUCAAUGACCCUAAGGACUACAGGAAGAGCACCAUAUGCAGGUACAAUGUCACCUGUCCUGAGGGGGAGAUUGCAGCCUACACUUUCCUCAACCACACCCUAGAGACUGCCGCUGCCUGUCCGGCAGCUAGCAACACUGAAUACUGUGUGGACUAUGUGAGGGUUAGUCUUCUGGACUCGACCAUCGAUGAAAAAACCUGUGGAGUGAAUGCUCCUGUGGGACAAGUGGUUGCUGAUGGUUUCUCUGGAGUCUAUGUUGAGUUCUACGCCAACAGAGAAGAGGAGGCAGCCGGCUUCAAGAUGAACAUCAUGUGCUAUGAUCCAACCAUCAAUACCACUCUACUGCCAAGCAGGAAGAGGUCGGUGCAGAUAGCAGAGUCAGAGUGUCGGGAGGUGACUCCUGAUGUCCAGAGACAAGUGGACAGUGCAGCACGUCUGAGGGAGGUAUUUCCAGGUGAGGUGAAACUGAGACCUGAGAACAUUGGUCGCUGCAGCGAGUUUACCAUCAGAGAGAUGGAGACUCUGAGGUUCAGAGAUAACACUCUGACCAUCGUUAAGAAAAGGUGACCUUACAGUUGGGUAUAGAGUUAAGUUUUUGGGGUUGCCUUUAGUAUAUUAUGAGCCCUGCCAGCUGAGCUGCCACGUGGUAAUGAAGUGGUAGAGCACUCUGCCUAGGGUUCCAUCCCACCCAGGGCAGCUCUUAAAAAUUCCUGGGUGUCAUUGGUUUGUUUUACUUUGCCAUACCUCACUGAUGAUACUACUGUUGCAGGCAAGAGGAAGAAGUGUCCCGGAGCAUGUUGCUGAAGGUGUCACAAAACUAGCAGUGUCCACAAGACUUAAGGCUGAAAGCUCUAUUAGAUCUGCAAGAUACGUACAGGGAUAUGCCAGGCUGUUUGUGUGCAGUAAUGAAGCCUUCGUUGAUCGCCUGGGAAUAAAACCUGAGGACAAACCUACGCCAGAGGAAAAUGGGCUAAUCUUCAGACUGAGGGUAGCUGUCAGCCAGGCCAGGGAAUGUGACGAUUUCUUUGAUGUGUAUGACGCCACCGACGCAGAGGAGACGGGAGUUCCGUACCAGCAGAGCCGCUGCGAGAGGCAUUUCCGCAGAAAUAAGGAGUUGGAUAGAGUGGCACAUCGCUACAGCACAGCCUGCAACAUCUUCCUGCGAGCUGCUGCCUGCACUUACAGAGAUGUGAUUCUCAAGGAGCGUUGCUUUAUUUGACAAACCACCUGCAAUAACAUUUACCAGUCAAUGAUUACCACUGUUUGUGUAAAAUUGUCCUUGUCAUAAUAGUUAUUAUGUACUUUGUCACUAAAAAAUCAUUGUCUAUGCCAACAUGCGGUGGCG